AUGGUUAUGUGCAACACAAUGGACACCGCAGUGAUACCCAGACCACCAGCCUUACCGUUGGGCCCCAUAGUUCCUAAUUAUCCUUUGAAAAGCACUGCAAGAAAAGGUCCCUCGUUACCUCCACCACCGCCACCUCCAAAGCCACCAAGUCAACUAGAAGAAGUAACAGGAAAUAACAAUAAAGAAGCUUCCAAAACUGGUGAAAAUGGAGAAAAAAAAAUGCACAAAGAUAAGAAGUACAUCGAAGAAAGGCGAAUUAUACAAAAAAUGGUCGAGAAAAACAUAGCAAAAAACGAAAGCGUAAGAAGUAAGAUGAGCGCGAGAAGUGCGAUGUCACAAAGAUCAAAUGGAUUUAGACUGAUAGAUAAUGAUACAAACGGUAAUCACAACAAGCAAAAUCCUAACCAAGACGAAACAAGUUCGGUCUACAGCAUCUACAAGCAAAAAAUCGACAGCAUGUUCGAAUCAGAUUCAAGCACAAGUACAAAUCACAACAGCGUCCAAGCGAAAAUUGAAAAAAUGUUCACCGACGUCGCUGCCGAUAGUGGCAUACCUGCCAGCCAACUCAAUAUGCACGCAUUUUCUGUGGAUUAUUUGGGUAGCGUCCCUUUGCAAGACAAAGUCACUAGUUUGGCAGGUUUACAACAGCCUUUGAGGGACCUAUAUUUUGCCUAUAAAAAGAUGACGAAAAGUAAAAAGACGCUAUCUGGAAGACUGGAAAUAUCCAAUCAAGGGCUUCGAGUCCAAUACCAAGGCACUUCAGGGGACUUGGAACAAAUGAACUCAUUUCCUACAAUAGCUGUCUGGUCAGCAGUGAAAUUUGUUAUCCAGGAAACCAGCUCUAUGCUGCACGGUAAUGAGAAGUCUUAUGCCUUUUUACCAUUGAUAACUGAUCCAGAUAAUACGGAGAAGCAAACAUUGUUCAGAACUUUCCAUGAAAGCGAGGUAAAAUACAUUACUGCCAAUGAACAACACUCUCCGUUAUUUGCAGUUGUUAUGAGGAAGAUUGGUGUACAAAAGCAGUUGGAAUGCCAUGGGUUUGUCUGUCAAACGUCAGAAGAUGCCAUAGUAAUAGCCGCAACUCUAUACAAAUCCCUCGUGAAUCACAUGAAGCACAAAGAGAAAAAGCCGAAAAAUAAAAAUGGCGUAACGUGUAUAUCCACAGCAUCGAGCACUAUGAUGGGGGAUAAAAAUUCAAUGCCGGUUAGACCUCCGAGAAGGAAAAGAAGUAGUGCGGCAUCAUCUAUUUGUAGUGAUAGUAAUUCUAUUACAAAUAUUAGUGAUACUCAGCCACUACUAACUUCGAAACCUUUGAAAAAAAGUACAAAAUCUAAACGAGCACCGAAGGCUCCUAGUGAUUCAAAAGAAGAUGAUUUAGAUGCCAUAGUGCCUUAUGAGGAACCUAUAAGAAUGACUUCUAGUGAUGAAGCAUUGGAUACUAGGGAUGGUCAGGAGGAAUGUCAAGAAAGUAAACCUAAAAGUUUUAGUGGUAAGUUGUUAGAGGGCAAAUGUAUUAAUUCUCAGUAG